AUGUUGGUGGUGGCGGCGGCGGAGGCGGCAUGCAGUGGUGGUAGUGGUGGUGGUGGGGGUGAGUGGUGGUUGUGCAAUAGCGGCGGCGGCGGCGGCGGCGCUAAUCGAUUGCUUCUGUUCGACAUUAUAGGAGCGAUCCUUGGAGCAAGGCUUCUAUUGGCACCAUGUGUGUUUGGAUUUUUAAUCAAUAAGUUCAGGAGAAGACAUUUAUCCACAUUUGAUAACAUAGAAGGUUUCUUACAAAGUCAGAAUCACUUUGUCCCUAUUAGGUACUCCUACUUGGAUAUCAAGAGGAUGACCAAUGGUUUUAGGGACAAGUUGGGCGAAGGAGGCUAUGGUUCAGUAUACAAAGGGAAGCUUCGAAGUGGCCCUCUUGUAGCGAUUAAAAUCCUAAGCAAGCCGAAAGCUAAUGGGCAAGAGUUCAUCAAUGAAGUAGCUACCAUUGGAAGGAUUCAUCACAUCAAUGUUGUUCAGCUAAUUGGGUAUUGCGCCGAGAGAUCUAAGCGUGCUCUUGUGUAUGACUUCAUGCCUAAUGGGUCUCUUGAGAAGUACAUUUUUUCUUCAGAACAAAAAUUGUCGUUAAGUUGUAGGCAAAUCUAUGAGAUUUCUCUUGGGGUGGCUCGUGGCGUUGAAUAUUUGCAUCAGGGUUGUGACAUGCAGAUCUUGCAUUUUGAUAUAAAGCCUCAUAACAUUCUUCUUGAUGAGAAUUUGACUCCAAAAGUUUCCGAUUUUGGACUUGCAAAAUUGUAUCCGACAGAUGAUAGCAUUGUGACAGUGACUGCAGCAAGAGGAACCUUGGGCUACAUGGCUCCAGAGUUGUUCUACAAGAACAUUGGAGGUGUUUCCUAUAAAGCUGACAUUUAUAGUUUUGGGAUGUUGUUGAUGGAAAUGGCAGGCAGGAGAAGAAAUUGGAAUUCAUCGGUUGACUCAAGCCAAAUUUUCUUCCCUUCAUGGGUUUAUGACCAAUUUGCGGAAGGAAAAAACAUACAAAUUGGAGAGACAACCGAGGAGGAGAGUGAGAUGGUAAAGAAGAUUAUGUUAGUAGGCUUAUGGUGUAUACAAGUGAGGCCUAGUGACCGUCCUUCCAUGAACAAAGUUGUCGAGAUGCUUGAAGGAGAUAUAGAAUUGCUUCACACGCCUCCAAAGCCUUUUCUGUAUUCACAAGCUAUGCAGGCUGAGAAUAAUGGAAUGAACAAAAGUUUGUCCAAUCUAUCAGGUGCUUGUAUGGAUUCUCUCACUCGCGAUAUAAGUGGACGCUAAAUUCUCAAGCCCAAACAUCUAGGCCUAAUGUCGAUUCCAUAUGAUUUUGGAUUUGAUGGUUUUGGAAGACAAGACUAUCAGCUUCAUGAAAGGCGCUUUUCUUCAUGGAUUAGCACUCAUAGGCGAUUGCUUAGCAGACCUUGUACCUUGGUUUUGAAUCAAACAAGGGAACACUGACAUGUCUAUGUUAAGCUCUUCAAAAUUGUACGUAUAUCAUUGUUUGUAUUGGGGCCGAGAUUUGUCUCUUAGACUGAUUAAUCUGAUGUUUAUACCGUUGGUUUUGGCUAGAAAUAUGCAAAAUUUUGGAAA